AUGGCGUCCGCUGGCCUCGCAAAACUGGCAUUGGCAGCUACCUCGCCGAAGCAGGAGCCGAAAGAAAUAUCUGCCGCAGAGAGCUCCGAGGACGAGCCACCCAUCGACAAGCCGCAUCCUUCCUUUGACUCUCCCGACGCAGACAUCGUCUUACGUUCAAGCGACAACGUUUCCUUUCACAUUCACUCCCUCAUCCUCACCUGCACCUCCGGAUUCUUCCAGACUCUGCUGUCUCUGCCACAGAACCCACCAUCCUACAAACGAUCUUCGUCUCCUAAUCCACCCGAAUGUCUCGAAGUAAUACAUCUGAUGGAGAGCGCCAAGGUGGUUGAGGGAUUGCUCAGCAUGUGCGCCGGCCGCGAGCUGCCUCAGCUCGAGGACUUUAGACAUGUCGAGGAGCUCCUGCACGCGGCGGAGAAGUAUGACAUGCCCGGGGCGCUGUCUAUCCUACGACUCGCCCUAACAUCCACUUCGUUACUUGACACGAAUCCGGUACGGGUAUACGCUAUCGCAUGCCAGUGGGGCUGGAAGGAGGUGGCCAGGGAGGCGUCGGCGAGGACGCUGGGCCUUGACCUCCUCGGACAGCCCUUACUCAGGGACCUCUCCCUCAUCGAGUCACCGCAUCUUGUCGCUCUCCUUCUCCUUCACCGUCGACGGCGCGACAUCCUUCGUUGCGGAAUCAACUCACUCGUGGAUUUCUACGCGAACAACCAACCCGGGCGUUGCUGCCAUUGUCAGCGAGAGGUCGCUCACGCAGAGUGGAUGUCUCUCAAGCACACGUGGCUGGGUGCCAUCGAGCAGAGGCCCGCAGACAUCGCAUCGGGUGCCGUCCUCCAGGACUCACAGCUGCAUAAGCUGUUCAGCGCGACGUGUCAACACUGCCAGAAGAAGCUCUAUAACCCGGAAGGCACCAUAUUAAAGCUUAAGCAGCUUCUCGAGCGGCUUCCCAAGGCGGUCGAGCGCACGCAGCUCUAG